AGAGCUGAUAAAAAAGUGGCAAGGUGGCCAACAAUCACUACGAUUGUGAGUCGUGAGCAAGCAGUCCGGCACAAUGAGACUGCCGGACUUAAUAUUCUUUUUCAUUUUUCUCGUCAUUGUUGCCACAAUAGUUAUGGUUGCCGAACACUGGGAGCAGCAAAGUGCACCCCUUAACGCAGCCCUUGCCAGAAUGACUGAAUCGACGAUGCUCACGCUGCAGGAUUUGACGCCGAUCGUUGACAGUGGCGACGCUAAAUCAGUUUUUGGCUCGUCGAAAGUUAUCUUUUUCGUCGAAUCUUCAGGUUUGGCCAAAUUGAGCCCUCGACAGGCGUGCACCAUUGAAUCGGUGGCCAGACACUCACCGGGUUACACGCUGGUCCUGCUUUACGUUCACCCGGUGCGUUUCAUAAAGUUGAAGGAGAACGUGGCACUGUACGAACUGCUAAAGGCGCACGGAAAUAUCGUCAAGGUUUUCACUAUCAGCGCCUCUCACUUUUUGACCAAAUUGACUCCGUUUGGUACCACUGCAAAAGCCAUGCUGGAAAAGUCACCUUUCAGACCAAACCAUCUUAGCGACUUCCUGCGUCUAAGUCUGGUGUGGAUGUUUGGCGGCUUCUACAUGGAUCUGGAUGUCAUCGUGUAUCGCGACUUGACGGACAUUCUUAAAUUAGACAAUUUCCUCCUCACUCGCACAAAUAACACACUCGGAUCGUACUUUUUUGGUUUCAAACAAUCCAGUCCCGUGUUAAAAAAGAUAAUAGAACAAGUGAUUUUUGAGUAUGUGCCGCAGUUUUAUGCUUCUGUGCCAAACUCGAUGGGAUCGGCUUUUGUCUGGAAGUUCAACACCUCUGUCGAAGCAGCGGGGGCAAAAGGAAAACUGGGCGACGUCCUCAUUUUAAACUCUACUUUGUUUUCUCCACUCGGUGACUGGGUUACUUAUCCAGAUUUAUUUAACGAAAACAAAACGCAACUUGCUGAGGAUUUUCUCAAAAUUAGUUAUGGAGUUCAUGUUUGGAGUUAUCAGAGCGCGCAUAAGAUAGUAUAUUUAAAUUCAACUUCACCAAUUGCAAAACUGGCCAAAGAUCAUUGUCCCAGGUCGUUUGAAUCAAGCAGAAGUUUUGGCUCAUUCAAAUAAAAUUUCAAUAUAAUUGAUAAUAAUUAAUUGACUUUGAUGAAAAUCAGACCAUUAACAUUUUGAA